AUGGGUUUGGGCAUCAAUUGUUCAUCUUCAGUAGUUCUCCUACCUCGAGCUCCCGAUUCAAAUUCCUUUGAUUCUUCAAAAGUUGCUCGAUUGUCUGCGAAGGACGAUAGAGGAACGUGGAGAAUCAGAAGUCGAUGCGCUUUAGGUUUAGCGAGUUUGAUUCUCGCAAUUGAGUUCGGCGACAUCUCCGUCGCCGUUGAAACUCAGGCUCUCGAAUCGCCGCCGCAAGUUGUAGAUUCGAGGCGUGUAAAGAUCUCGAGAUGGAGCGACAAAAGAAAAUGCGCUCAAUGGCGAGCCAAUUCGCUCGAGAUCAUUGUGCCUGAGAACCUUCCGAGGCCAUCGCAGCGCCGGAAGUGGGAGACAAUAGCAUUUACGGAUGUGGAGAACGCACCGGCAGUUCAAUUUUGGCUACAUGAUGUGAUGAUCAUCACCUGCAGCCAGAAUGGUGGUUGCUCCAGAAUGGCCCGGGCGGGAUGGGGAUGGAAAGAUAAGCCAUCGUCGCCUUAG